AUGCUGACUCUGAUCCGAAAGUUCGCAACUGCAAAGUUUGCUCCUCCGGCUGCCGCUGCGGGCGAAAGAACUCGGGGACCCCUCCCGCGCUGGGACUUCUGCUCCCCGCAUUUUCCAGCCCCCAGUCUCGCGCUCCAUCAAACGAGGGCCUCUGGCAGGAGCUUUUUCAUAAUCUUCCCCCAGCACAGAAACGAGCUGCUCGCCCCCCCCCCCCCCCCCCCAAAGAACAAGUCAACUAAGAAAAUGUGGAAGGUGCCAGUUCUGUUCUUCGUUUUGGGAAGCGCGUGGCUCUGGGUCCUGGCAGAAGUCAGCACAGUCCGGCCAGAAGAUAACAUGACUACAGGUGUGGAAAAUCACAACGCGACCCUGGGUGUGGAAGAUUACAUGGUGACCCCAGGUGCCAGUGGAGAGCCCCAUGAGUCUGCUGGCUCGACAGCUCUGAUGCCGACAAGAGCAAAGAGCAUAACAGAGGGUCACAAAGAGGACCUGCCAACUGCGGAAAGCACAGUCCACUCCCAAGGACAAAGCCAGAGCACCACAACCCUGAAUGUGGCAACUAGUCAGUCCCCAGGGAAAGCAGAUGGAAAAAAACCAACAACUGUUGAGAAAGGUGGCUUGUCAACAGUGACCCUGGUUGGCAUCAUAGUUGGGGUCUUACUAGCCAUUGGAUCCACUGGUGGAAUCAUCGCUGUGUUUGUUCGAAAAAUGUCAGGAAGGUACUCGUAA